UGGGGCGGGGGCGCGCGGCGCUGGACGGCGAGCGGCGGAACCGCGGGGCUGCCGCGCUGUGGGCGCUCCCCGAGGGUCCCGGGAGGACCGCCUGGACCCCUGCGGGCCCAGAAAGGCCGUUCCCCGCCUUGGCCGCACACCUCCUCCUCCUGCCCAGACCGAGACGAGCGCCGGCACCAUGUCGGCCUACCCCAAGAGCUACAACCCGUUCGACGACGAUGCGGAGGAUGAGGGCGCCCGGCCGGCCCGGUGGAAGGACGACCGCGACGUCGCCGACGGGCCCUGCACGCCCGCGGACAGGCAGCAGUAUCUGCGGCAGGAGGUGAUGCGCGUGGCCCAGGCCACAGCCGCCAGCACCGAGAGGUCCCUGUCCCUCAUGUACGAGUCCGAGAAGGUCGGCGUCGCGUCUUCCGAGGAGCUCGUCCGUCAGCGGGGUGUCUUAGAACGCACAGAGAAGAUGGUGGACAAGAUGGAUCAAGAUUUGAAGACCAGCCAGAAGCACAUUAACAGCAUUAAGAGCAUGUUUGGGGGGUUCGUCAAUUACUUCAAAUCCAAACCAACAGAGACGCCACCCGAACAGAAUGGCACCCUUGCCCCCCAGGCUAACAGCAGAUUGAAAGAAGCCAUAAGUACCAGUAAAGCACAGGAGGCACAAUACCAGGCCAGCCACCCAAACCUCAGGAAGCUGAAUGACUCAGACUCUUUCCCUGGAGGCACCGGUUCUGCCGCGAGUACUGAGGCUUACCCGAAGAACCCCCACCUUCGAGCCUAUCACCAGAAGAUCGACAGUAAUUUAGAUGAGCUGUCCGUGGGACUAGGCCGGCUGAAGGACAUAGCCCUGGGGAUGCAGACAGAAAUUGAGGAGCAAGAUGACAUUCUUGACCGCCUCACAACCAAAGUGGACAAGUUAGAUGUCAAUAUAAAAAGCACAGAAAGAAAAGUUAGGCAACUUUAAACACCGAGAAGGCUCUCCACCCCAUUGUGAUGAAACGAGCCAAAAAAUCUCCUGUUAAACUUCCCAAAAUUUAAUUUCUGUUGUUUUAGUGUGUAACGUAAUAUGUGUUUGCAAAUGUUAUAAUUAUAGAGCGAGUUGAGUCCUUGGAGAUGUCAUGAUGAGAAAUGUGUAUCCUACUUUUUUUAGAGCUCUCACCUCUCCAUUGUCUGAACUGAAUGCUUAGAGUCUUAAUCUGAGCACGACAGCCUGGCCCUGAGUAUUUUGGGCCUUCGAUGACCUUGCUGACACCAGAAGAACAGUUGCAUUUCUCACUUUAACGAGCAUAUGGAAAGACAUGGGCAGAAUUUCAAUCCUGGAACCACCAAUCUCUGUGGUGGUGUUGUGAGGGUGGUCCUUCCCACAUCUUGGCUUACCAGUCACCAUUCUCCCACCCCCACCCCAACACACAUACACACAUACACUGAGCACAUUGCGAUUCUCUCAAACCCCAGAAAAGGAUCAAUGUUCAGAAAUGGAAAGUGCCAGCGUUUGCUAUUUGGUUGACAGAUGUCACCUCUUCCCUCCUGGCCUCCAUCCUUGGCAUGCAUUUUAGUAGAAAGGGUUCAGAUCAGCACCACUCACCGUGAUGCCUGGAGAUGCACAGGGAAUUGGGUGAGCCCUGCUUCCCUGUGCACUCUCACCUCUAAGUCACUGACUGAGGUUAGGGACAGAUGCACCAUUGUCUCAAGGCUGCCCAGCUGGCCAGUUGGGGGCCCUCUACAGUUUGUGAGAAUGGAGCAUCAUACAGUGCUUACCCUGUGUGCUCCUCCCCAGAGCACCUGACCCAGCCUCGGGGAUGGCAGUGUUUAUUCAACGCCUGGGGUCUCCUGGCCCAUUUAGGAUUCCCACCCAUUCCUCUUGACCUCUUGCAACAUGACUUGACUCAGCUCUUGGUUCUCCGCCACCCAGUUGGAGGACUGGAGUGCCACAAAUGAUGCAGACUUGUCUAGAACAACUUAGCUUUAAAAAUAAAAGCCUAGACAUUAUCAUUUUAACUAGCCUAGCUUGUUCUACACAAAAACAUUAAUCUCAUUACAGAAAUCAAUUUUAAUUAAUGCUUUUAAGUGAUUCUUUCUUUGUAAAGUGACAUUCAUUAAAAUUGAUUUCUGUAACGAGAUUAGCGCCUUUGUGUUGGUACCUCCAGCAGAGUAAUUGAAGCCGCAAGACCCUUGUCUUUUUAAAAAAGCAAAUUAAUUGAAAUAUUUUGAAGACCGUAAAAGGCGCUGAUUUUAAUAAAAUAGGCUAGGUCAGAAAAUUUAAAACAAGUGUGUUUCACCUCAACACAUGGUGCUGUCUAUGGGACCUUCACCACUUUGGUUCUGUAGCCUAUAAAGAAAGCCCCCUGAAGGAAAAGAAAUCUCUGCAGUGCUGCAACAGUGCAUCCAUAUUUUUGUAGCAAUUCAUUUGUAGUAGUUCCAUUCCAUGCUGCAUGGCAUUCCUAAAAACACUUGACAGCUUCCGUCAGUAGAUACAACCUUCUGUCAUGUUCCAGCCAACUCAUGGAAUCUGAUCAACGUCAUUAUGAAUAUCCCAGUAUGUGAGAAUACGAUUAGAGGUAGUCAAAUUAGGCAUUUAUCAGAUGAGCUCAUCGUGAUUAUUCUCUUGAUAAAUGGUAAAAGGAAAAGUUUUAAACACCUACCUAGCCCAAACAAAAUGAGUUCGGAGGGCUUUUAGCAAAAAAGGCUGCUGACAAGCAUGAAGCCAGAAUGCAGAGCAGCCUGUGUGUACAUUUCCACUCCUAAUUGUUUCUUUUUUUUUUUUCUAACACCUUCCACGUAUGUCAUGAUGGCUGUUUCUGUUCGUCAUCAUCAGGCAGAGAGACUCAUGGAGAUUAGUCAUUAUACCUCAGAUGCAAGCUUAUUUUUUUUUCAAACAAAUUAUACAUGUAAAGGCCACUGCCAAAUAUUCUUUUCCCCAGCCUUCCAUUUGCGUAAUGAGAUUAGUGAUUUCACUGACUUGAAGGAAAGUGGCGUGGAAUAUUAUACCCUUUCCCUGUCUUUUGUUAGAACAUUGAAGCCAGUUGCCCCGUUUUUUCUCCCCUCUCCAAGCAUAUAGAAGGAAAGCACAGCCACUUUUCUAGAAAUGUGUCUUCUGACACUUUACAUGUGUAUAUUAACUCUUGUUUAGACCCUCUUACACUAAGGCCCUGACCAGGGAACUGUCUCCAAGCUACGCACUGGGAGCUCCUUUCUGCUGGGUCUUCCCCCUUGCCCUCCGGCUCAUGAAGGACCAGUGGUUGAUUCUACCUUAUAAAGCAAAGUUGCUUGCAUUUUCAGAGAACAAAGAGAAACCCGGAGCUUCCAGAAUCUUUGCACAUGAUGAUUAUGAUCAAAAAACAUUCUAUCCUCUAGACUAGACACAUCUGUCUCAUGGAGACACUCAGAGAUGCGUGGGCUGGAGUGAAUUCACCCUUCUUGCCAGAUGGGGUCUAUAAGACAGGCUUUUAUUUCCACAGUUGAGCUGGAAACAAACUGUGCCUUCAAAAAGUGGCUUUUCUAACUUUAGGUUGGUUUUAUGUGAAGCGUGCUACUAACUUAAAAAUAAGUGCAUUCUCUUUCAGAGGAAACAUUCUCACAUCUAGUGAUCUGGAGUUAACAUUGUCUUUUUUGCAUUCUGAAGGAAAGGAGCCCUGAAUUUAACUCAGGUGGCAAGAAAAAAAUUCUUAAGUGUAUUUUAAUUUAUCUUUCUCUAACUUCUGUUUGUGAAUAUGUAAUUUUAAGGGUGCACUACACCAAUUUAGUAAAAAAAAAAAAAACUCUUACACUUUGCCUAUAUAGGCCUUUUCUCAGAAUUUGUAAGUUAUCACCAUUGUUAGCAUCUUCAGCUCUGAUAAUGAAAUGUCUUGUGUACAGAAUGAUGAGCCAGUCAUCAAAAGUGCUCGGAGCGGCAGGGGGGCAUUUUGUUCAGAGUCUGUAUCAGAAUAGCUCUUAAGCUCCAUGCCUUCAACUCAACAAGUGACCAUAUUCUGUAAAAUAAAAUGUGAAGUUUUUUAAAUCAAA